GUCGAGCUAUCAUGGAGUUACCGCACUAUAUGCAUCGUGUGCGUGCGUUUAUGAGAUAAAACAACCAUUUCACCAAUAGCGCUGGGAAGAUGAAGGAUUCUGGCAGGGAAGAGAGUGAUUUUUCAACCCAAACGAGAGAGAACGAAGCCGAUGUAUCCGAAGAUGAUGAGGUUCUGGUAAGCGAGCCGAAGAGGACCGUACACGAUCACCCCUUCUCAAUCGAGUCCAUUUUGAACGGCAGGACAAGACGCGCUAGUCCAAAAGUAGCAAAAAACUCCGUGAGCCUGAAAGAAAGACGAGAAAUUGAAGAGAACACGUUGCCUUUGAACGCCUUGGAAGAGUUUACAAGCAAAGCUUUUUCCACGAUGAGGCCAGAGCGCUUGGCGGAUCAGGACGAAGAACCUGUUAUUAUCCGCGAAAGGCUGAGAAUUUUCACGUCGACCAAAGCGGCGACAACGAAGAAGACGCGAAGGAAAGCGCGCACUUGUUUCACGAACCAACAGAUCUACGAGCUCGAGAGGCGCUUUCUCUACCAGAAAUACCUCUCACCUCAAGACAGGGACGAACUCUCGGAGAUGCUAAACCUCUCGAACGCGCAGGUCAUUACGUGGUUCCAAAAUCGACGCGCAAAACUCAAAAGGGACAUCGAAGAGAUGCGAAACGAUCUCGCAGCGACCAGAACGCUCCACGCUUCGCAACCCGUUUGCACAGACUUCCACUGCAGAUUUACCGAUUGUAGGUGAAGACGCAAGUGUUGGGGUUGUAUAUAGGGCAAGCAAACGCAUGCAUAGCCAAAGGCACAGAACCGGCCAAGCUGGUUGUAGACCAAAACAAGACAUUUCACGAUUAAUAUUGUUUAUAUAUUGUACCUGGAUGUUGAACCGCGGACCAAAUGAUAUCGAAUUAUACACAUGCUAACAAGAUGACCACUUCGAAAUGUAUCUUGUAUACUUUGAAAUUCUGGUCACAUUGAGUUCGGGUCAAUGUAUCUUCUUAUUGCCAUCGCUUAUAUAAUCAGUGCUUGAUUAUGGAUACCCAUUUCUAUACCAUACCGUUUACGGGCCUGAAAUUUUCCCAACCUGACUUCAUUGAAGCCUCAUGCAUACGUAUAUAGAUAGAUCUUUGGGGGCAAACGUUAAAAGUCGAACGAGAAGGCUUAAAGGCCUUAGAUUCCGGUAUAUAUGUAUAUAUAUAUAGUUAAGUUGUUAUUUCAUUCGAAAGAUGUGUUUUAUGCAUAGAGAUGUAAUAUAAUUAAAUAU